AUGAUAGCGAUAAAACUUAUAGUUUUAUCUUUGGCUUGCCUUAGUGCAGCUGCCGUAUCUCCUGUGGAGCCAGGCAAAAGGAAUACCAUAUUUGCAGAUGAACGUUUUGAAGGCGAAGUUUUUGAGAAUGUCGAUGCUUUUGACAACAUUGAGCUGACCCCUAGUAAUAUCGGUGUUUCACCCUAUAGACUGCCCACUACAACGGCCCCCAUAAGCUAUGAUUUGACUUGGAGGAUUCAGUUCGAACCUUAUAGAGUCUAUUCUGGCUCAGUUGCUAUAACGCUUGUAGCAACACAACCAAAUGUUAACCAAAUUGUCAUCCACAGUGAUAACACUGUAAAUUCUAAUACGGUUCUUAGACGGGGUCAACAGGUGAUCCCUACUACGCCUUCAGUUCAGAAAGAUUACCAAUUCUAUAUUGUAACACUUAAUGAUGGUUACCUUCAGUAUAAUGAGACCGAUCCUUAUGAAUAUGUGCUAAGCAUCGAAUUUACCGGAGGUUUCCGAAACGAUAUGUAUGGAAUCUAUGAAAGUUGGUUUAAAGAUACACCUCAAGACUCUAAGCAGUGGAUGGCUACAACUCAGUUCCAAGCAACUUCAGCUCGCCACGCAUUUCCUUGUUACGAUGAACCCAGUUUCAAAGCUAGAUUCACCGUUCACAUUCAGCGUCCAUAUGGCUAUAAGAGUUGGUUCUGCACUAAAGUUAAUGUAUCUUCCGUGCCUAUAUCUGGCCUCCUUAACUUUCAAGAGGACAUAUAUACUGAAACUCCAGUAAUGUCAACUUAUCUUCUUGCUUUGAUCGUUGCUAAAGAUUAUGAUAGUAGAGAUAAUGGUAAUCAAGAUAAAUUUCACGAAGUAAUAGCAAGGACAAGUGCAAUUGCUGCAAAUCAAGGAGACUAUGCUUUGACGACCGGUCAAGCUCUUCUAGAAAAGAUGAGUGAAAUCACACAAUAUGACUUUUAUGAACAAAGUUCGAAUCUUAAGAUGACUCAGGCCGCUAUUCCCGAUUUUGGAGCUGGCGCUAUGGAGAAUUGGGGACUAUUGACUUACAGGGAAGCUUAUCUGCUGUCUAAUCCAUUGGAAACGAGCAGUCACUUCAAACAGAUCAUCGCUUACAUUCUCUCACACGAAAUCGCUCACAUGUGGUACGGGAAUCUUGUCACAAACGACUGGUGGGACGUCCUAUGGUUGAAUGAAGGCUUUGCAAGAUACUACCAGUACUUUUUGACGAACGAGGUGGAGGAGAUGGGUUUUGACAUUCGUUUCGUUCCAGAGCAAGUGCAUACGUCUUUGCUAUCUGAUUCUGCUAACAACCCGCAUCCCCUGACCAACCCUGGUGUUGGCAGUCCAGCUUCUGUUAGUGCUAUGUUUUCGACCAUCACUUACAAUAAAGGUGCAGCAGUCAUCAGAAUGACAGAACAUCUCCUUGGUAGACAGAUUCAUGACGAAGGUCUCGCACAAUAUUUAAAAGAUAAUCAAUUCAAAACAACAAAACCUGAAGAUCUGUUUAAAGCUCUAAAUGACGCAGGAUUGAGAAAUGGGGCUUUCACUAACUAUGGUCCAUCAUUCGAUUUUGUGGAAUAUUAUAAGAGCUGGACUGAACAGGCCGGUCACCCCAUCCUGAACGUGCAUAUUAAUCAACAAACGGGACAAAUGACUAUUCAUCAGCGACGUUUCAAUAUCAACACUGGAUAUUCGCUUCACAAUACAUUGUAUGUUAUUCCAAUUACUUUUACAACUGGAUUUGACAGAGAAAAUUUCGCGAACACGAAGCCAACUCAUAUUAUUAAAGAUGCCAUUACUGUCAUUGACCGCGGCGUUUAUUCUGAUCAUUAUACUAUCUUCAAUAACCAACAAACAGGUUUCUAUAGAGUUAACUAUGAUGACUACUCAUGGAAUUUAAUUGCAUUGGCAUUAAGAGAUGAAAAUGAGAACAAAGCGAUACACGAGUUAAACAAAGCUCAGAUUGUAAAUGACGUGUUCUCGUUUGCUCGAGCCGGUAUUAUGCGAUAUGACCGUGCAUUGCAUAUUCUCUCAUUCCUUGAGAGAGAAACCGAUUAUGCUCCGUGGGCUGCGGCUAUUACUGGUUUCAAUUGGCUUAGAAACCGCCUCGUUGGACACCCGUUAGAAGCAAAUCUCAAUGCAUUGAUUCAGAGUUGGGCAAAAAAAGCGAUGGACGAACUUACUUAUGAACCCAUUAAUGACUUAUUCAUGGACAGAUACUUCCGAUUCCAACUUGCUCCAUUAAUGUGUAACGUGGGAGCUGAUGAAUGCAAAACGAAAGCAAAGUCAUUAUUUGACGGUCUAAAAGCGAAUCCUUCAGUGGCUGUGGACAGAGACAGUCGCAGCUGGGUCUACUGCAAUGGUCUUCGCCAAGGUAAUAGUGCAGACUUCGAUUUCCUGUGGCAAAGAUUCCUAAACGAGAAUCUCUACACAGAGAAGAUUUUACUUCUACAGAUUCUUGGUUGCACUCCUGUGAAGGACUCGAUUGAAAAAUUCUUAACCGAGAUCCUUCGAAACGAGGAUCAGGUCGUGCGUGCUCAAGACUAUAACACCGCCAUCAACUCGGCUGUCACAGGCAAUGAAGCAAAUACACAGAUUGUCCUCAAUUAUUUCAAGAAUCCCACCAACUUGCAAGCCUUGCGUGAUGCAUACAGAGACGACUUGAGAUCCCCAUUAAUGUACAUCAGCGCCAGAUUGAGGAAUGCAGAUGAAGUCGAAGACUUCAAGAAAUGGGUGGAGAGCAUUACCGAUUUACCACACGCCAACGCGAUACUCAAUGAAGCGGAGGAGACUCUCAAAAGUUUUGAUUUAGUCGAUAGUAUCACUAAUGCUUUGGAUGACUACUUUAGUCCAAGCGGAAAUGAUCCCAUUUCGACCAGCACCAUCCUUCCGAGUACUUUGCCGCCCACAUCGACGGUGACCGCACCAUCUUUAGAACAGCCGACUACUCCAGAUCUUCCCGACUCUGCUGUUACAGGCGUCGUAUCCGUCUUCCUUUUAACUUUAGCGGGUAUAGCUCACCUUAUUCUAUAA